AGCCGUAAAGUGGGCCAAAUGGAGCAAGAGGGAGAGAGACUGGAACGAGCCGAGCCGACAGACUGGAAGUAGGAAAAUAUCCUGGAGAGUUCCAAGAGAGUCUGGCAAUCGGGAGUAAAGCGGGGAAAAAGGUUUAAAACUAAAGAGAUUCCCGCUAAAAUCGGGUGUGUUUGCAGAUCUGCGGUUGAUUUUUUGGGGGGGGCUCUGCUUUUCGCGUACAAGGUGUGGCGUGCUCGAGUGUCUGCCUUUAUACUCCAUACACGGACACAGUCCCUCUGAAGGGCGAAUGUUACAGAUUCAAGCGGUUUUUAUCACUCGAACCGCAGUCGUCUACUUGUCUCUCCUGCGUUGCUGUCCUGUCAUCCUCCAUCCUCCAGGUUGUUUCGUCUCCUACGAGCGAAAGUUUACCCGCCCCUUUCCCCUUCGUCACACUGUGAUAGGGCAUUGGCGGGGAUUCCUCGCCUCCAUUUGCUUCAAGAUACGUCAAUCACAGGUGACAACGCAGCGACACAUGUGGGAGUUCCCUGGAAUCGGAGAAGGAAGGGAAAAAGGCUUUUAUGAAGAGGAAGGUGGGUCUGCACUCUCUCACAGUGCGAGUGGCUUGGCAGGAGCAUGGCUGCUGCUUUUCUCAAUGGUCCAGAUGCACACUCUGUCCUGAAGCGAUUCCCCCGAGCAAAUGGUUUCCUGGAGGAGUUGAGACAGGGGAACAUUGAGAGGGAGUGUGGCGAGGAGAGCUGCAGUUUCGAGGAGGCCAAUGAAGUGUUUGAGAACAAAGAAAGAACGAUGGAGUUUUGGAAAACUCGCAGCGUCUACACGGUGACCAGCAACAGCGAGGGGCGCUCCGAGCGUGCGGACACAGUGUACAUGGUGGUGCCGCUGCUGGGAGUGGCUCUGCUCAUCAUCAUAGGUCUGUUCCUUCUGUGGAGGUGCCAGCUUCAGAAGGCCACACGGCGACGACCUGCAUACACCCAGAACCGCUACUUAGCCAACAACCGGAGCAACCGCAGCUUGCCCCGCAUCCUGGUUCAUAGGGACCCAGCAAUGCACACUGGAGGCUCACACCACCAGUCCAGCUCACAUCCAGUUGUGGUGGCGAGCGGUGCUGAGAGAGGAGAUGGAUCUCAUUCAGACCCCCAUGGCCCCCACCACGCCCAUGCUCUCUACGUCCAGAAUUCUUCUCUGUCUGUGGCAUCGCAGCUGUCUGGUGCUACACCUCCACCUUCUUAUGAAGAAGUGACGAGACACCUUGAAAGCAGUGGUGAUGAGACCUCAGCACCAUCCUACAGUGAGCCCCCACCCAAAUAUGAAGAGAUCAUAAAGGAGAAAUGAGACAGAGAUCAACACUAUGCUGCCAUGGCAGGUCUGCAUCUGACGGAGCUGCUGGCUGCGAGUCUCUCAAAGCCAGGUUGUUAUUCCAAUUUCUUUAUGCCAUAAAAUAUUUGGGUGCGACCUUCAGUCUUAGUGUAUGUGCCACCUAGGAUGAUGUUAUAGUUCACUGAAACACCUGGUCACACUCUCCAUUUGUCUGGUCUGAGUUUUGCUUGUGACGGAUGGUCCCAGGUGCUGUAUCCUACCUCUCUGGUGAGGAUUUGACCUACAGGGUACUGAUCGAGCACUGCCCCACCAGCUGCCAUUGUUGGAAUUAUAUCACUCUCGAUGCACAGUCACUGUGACUGUUAAGUUUCCUUGUGUCUUGUCAGAUUGUGAUUCUCUGUACAUGCUCAGACUAGAGCAUUUGGAGCCAAAAUUGUGGGUAAUGGGAUAUUGUCACAGUUCAUUGGCAAGUUAGAUCAUUAACAAGUCUGGUUUUCACAGAUUAGAACUGUACCUACAAUCAGUCCAAUCUAAUUUGACUGUUCACUAACAAGCUCAAAUUCUUCCUGCCUCAUGUUUUACCUGUAAAAUAUGUGUUGAACAGAGUUUUCAGUAAGGACAUUAAAUCUUUCUUCAGGGGACUAUUUUCUUACUGUUAUAAGUUAUGUCACAGUUGUUUCUAUGUUUAAACAGAAACCUAUAAUAUACUGUAUGUUUGAACAGAUGAAGGAAUUCAGUAAACUUGCAGUGUCUGAUUCUGUACUGAAGAGCGUCUGAGUUGUCUCCUUAGCAACAAAUAUUACUCUUCCUGUAUUCUGAUACAUUUUUAUGCAACAAUUUGUACCUUUUCUGCACCAUGUUAUGAAUAUGAUCUAGUCUUUUGUAUUUUUAAAAUCUCUUUAAUCUCUUUUAUGUGAAACAUUUUUAGACACAUUCAUUUGAAUUCUUUUACAAAAGUUAUCUGGUAUCACUUAUGAAUACUUAACAUUAUCCGAACCAGUUUUACAUUGUUAUUCUUCUGUUGUUUGUAUUAUGUGCUUUAACUUUUAAAAACUUUAUUACUACAUUAGUCUGAAAUAAUAAUGGGAUUUUGAGCAAACUGUUUUCAGAACAAGGUCUGCAAAACAUGACUUAUUGCUGUGGCUUUAUGCAACAAAAAAACUUUGAAAUAAAUUCCCAAAGUUUACAAAAAUGUGCAAAAUACAAAAUACAUCUGCUAUCCAGAGCCCUGCUCCUCCCUAUUUCUAAUACCUUUCUGUACAUAAAGCUCAGUCUGGGCAAACUCAACCUGAAACGUUGAAAUUGACCAUCAAGCUGAACGAUUUACUGUUCCUCUUUUGAGAUUUGUUGUAGAACAGUAGAUCAUCUACCAAAGCAAACAUAAUUUAUUCAUUAGUUUCCAGAAUUAAGGGCUUCUGAAGUACUUCAGUGGAAUAAUAAUGAAGACAAUACUUAAGUUUACAUGAGGAGCAUAAGGUUAACCAGCAGCUGCAGCAGCUUUAGUACAAUACUGCUGCUUUUAUCUUUCACGUUUUGAUUUUAUCUUCCUUGUUGACUGACACUUUAAUGGAAUUCCAUAAAUGUGUUGGAGCUGGAUGGUGAAAAGACAUCCAAUCAUUUAAAACAAUAUUCCAUCCAUCAGUCAUGAUUUGAAAUAUAUUGUAUAUGAGUCCUUCAUUUUGUGCUUCAUGUUAUGGAAACAUAAAUAUUGUGUACACCAGGAUGCGUUGUGUCUGUGCAGUUGUGGUGCUUAACACUGCUAUGGCUGCUGCUUCCAUUUCCUUUAGAUCAUUAUAGAACUGUCUGUGCUGUACUUAUCACAGGUUUGUCAAAGUGUUGUCUAUUGUGCAGAGUGAUGUUUACAUUUGGGUCACAUAUUAUUUCACUACAUGUGAUAAGGUGAACCUAGUUUCCUGCCAGUGGCUUAUUUUUGUAUUCUUUUGUACUCGAAGUUGUUCACUGCCUUUAACUACAGCCUGUUCCACAUGGGUCUUUCUUUGACCACAUUCCACACAGAAAUAUCCACUGACUGUGGAUGAAUGUAGCCUAUAUAUCAUGUAAAUCUUUCACCAAAAUUGAUGUAUUGUAUAUUUAAAUAUAAGUGUAUUAAUCUCUUGUAUAACUUUCAUUGGUCUUUUUAAAAUUUCUAUUAAUAUUAAAUGUAGAGAUUCUUUCA